AUGGCUGAUAGUAACCUUUUGAGGGCAAGUCAGUUCGUGAAGGGAGAUCUUGAGGCUGGGAAGCGUAACAAAAUUGUGGAAAGCAAGAACAAGUGUCGGCGGAUACAGAAAGAGAUCUGGAAAGUGAAGAAAUAUAAAUCCAAGCAAGUGUUGCGAGUCUUGCGCGUGGUGUGGGUGGAAUUUCCAGUCUCCUUCUCCGAAGAUCACAUAAAUGAUAUGAAAGCUCCUAUUUCUGAUUUUUGA